CCCGUUCCCUCACCUCGACCUAAACCGUCAUCGGCCCGGCACGCUCCGACACGCGCCCAGCCGCCACGCCCUGCCCUCUCUGCUCCUCGACGCAGCCGCCACACUCCCCUGCCCUCUCGUCGUCUGUCCCUCGAGAAUCUGCGGCUGGCACCACCGGGCAAGCGGUAGUAGGCUAGUGGGGAAGCGGGGGCGGCGGAUCCGGGAAGAGCGGCGGCGGCGGAUCGGGAAGAGAAGUAUCAGCCAUCAGCAAGACCUCCUCCCUCCAAGAAGGAAGGCCAAGGCUGCAAGCGCCGGCGUGAUGAACAAGCGACCCCGCGAGGACGAGCCUUCCUCCUCCCUUGCGUCCGCCCAAAAGCGCCAGUUCGGUGCAGGUGGCGGCUAUGGGGAGCAAGGGUACUCGGAGGAGCGGAUCAGUGCGCAGCGGGUGGCGGACCACUACAGUGCCCGGUCGAAUCAGACGCUCGAGGAGCGUGAGAACAGCCCCAUCAUCCACCUCAAGAAGCUCAACAACUGGAUAAAGAGCGUCCUGGUUCAACUGUAUGCACGUCCAGGAGACUGCGUUCUAGAUCUUGCUUGUGGCAAGGGAGGUGAUUUGAUAAAGUGGGAUAAGGCCAAGGUUGGCUAUUAUGUAGGGGUUGAUAUUGCAGAAGGCUCGAUAAAAGAUUGCAUGACCCGUUAUAAUGGUGACUCGGAUCAACAACGAAGGAAGAAGUUCAGUUUUCCUGCACGGCUUAUUUGUGCUGACUGUUACGAGACUCGUCUGGAUGAGUAUCUAUGUGAGGAUGCUCCAUUUGACAUAUGCAGCUGCCAGUUUGCAAUGCACUACUCAUGGUCAACUGAAGCACGUGCAAGACAAGCCCUCGCAAAUAUAUCUGCAUUGCUUCGUCCUGGAGGCACAUUCAUUGGAACGAUGCCUGAUGCUAAUGUCAUUAUUAAAAGGCUAAGAGAAUCUGAAGGGAUGGAGUUCGGGAACAGUGUUUACUGUAUUACCUUUGGUGAAGAGUACACAGAAAAGAAAUUCCCGGCAUCCAGGCCUUUUGGUAUCAAGUACAAGUUUCAUUUAGAGGACGCAGUUGAUUGCCCAGAGUGGGUUGUUCCAUUCCAUCUCUUCAAACUACUGGCAGAGGAGUUUGAUUUAGAGCUGGUUCUAAUGAAGAACUUCCAUGAAUUUGUACACGAGUAUGUGCAAAGGCCAGAGUUUGCUGAUCUCAUGCGAAGGCUGGGGCCUCUCGGUGAUGGACGAUCGGGCCAAAGCACGCUGUCACAAGAUGAGUGGGAGGCAUCCUAUCUCUACCUCGCAUUUGUUUUGCGGAAGCGAGGCCCUCCACCGUCCCAGCGGAGAGCUAACAAUCCUAACAGAGGGAAGACGUUCCUUGCCGAGGAGGACAUCGAGUUUCUUAGCAUAUGAAGCAGGCUUUGCCGUCCUGGGGCUUACUAACAACUUACCGAUUAUAUGCUUCACAUUGUGGUGAUGAAAGUUGUAUCUUUAGUGGCUCACCUGUGGUCUCCCCAAGGCGUAUCGGAUAUAUAUAACUUCAUAAGUUUAAUGUAUGAACGGCACGAACUAGUUACUCAUGUAAUUUUGCAGAGAUGAAUACAUAUUUAGGUGUCAUAUAUAGUUGAUGCGAUAGCUCUCAAGUUCUAUGUGGAACAUCGAAAUAUUUGUUCAGACAUUUUUCUUGUAAAGUAGUACUUGCACUAUGCACACCUCCAAUCCCUGAGAAGGUUGGGCUUGAGUGUCUUAUUCC